AUGUUGAGACUCCUCAAACCAAGCAGGUUUCCAUCUUUGGUCCAACUAUGCCGUUAUCGCAAAUACCACUCGACCGACUUCCCAAACGUAAUCGUCAACCCCAACCUCAUAGAAUCACGCAUCCUCACCAAGGCAACGGAGUACAUCCCCAAAUACGGCUUUGAUUCGCGUGCUGUGACAAGAGCCGUGCGCGAGUUGGGAUACCCCGACUCUCUCAUUCUGGUACUCACAGCAACGUCCAACCACUCGUUACCCUUCCAGCUCGUGAUGCACUGGCUCAAGUUGAAACGUCAAGAAUUGGAAGACUUUGCGCAAAUGGAGAUGGAUCCGCAAUUGAGCGAAUCCGCUAAAUUGAAAGCGUUGAUCGAGACGAGGCUAAGCUAUAACGUACCCAUUAUGGACCAAUUGAGCCAGGGGUUGAGUUAUUUGGUCGUUCCGUAUCACGUGCCUGCAUCGCUUGAGGAGUUGCUCGCCUUGGGUGAUGACAUGGCAUAUCACGCUGGCGAUCAGAGUAAUGAUUUUGCAUGGUAUAGUAAACGUGGUGCUAUAUGUGGGAUAUAUUUGAAGAGCGAGUUGUUUAUGCUUGGUGAUACGAGUCACGAUUACAGAGUCACCAAAGAGUUUGUCAGGAGCAAAGUGGGCGAGAUGGAGAGCGCCGGUAGAGCAUGGAACGAUACGGAGGAGUGGCUAGGUUUCAAUGCUAUUAGUUUUGUUAACUUGAUCAAGUCGCAAUUAGCUAGGGGGUAG